AUGGUCAAAACAAGGCGAGCUCGGUGGAAGCUGAGCAGAGCAAAGCAGAGCAGCGCAGCUAGUAGUUCGCAGAUGUCGUCGUCCAACGAAAUCCACGACAUCGAGGUGAUCACGGCCCAGAAUUUUGCCGCCGCCGACGACGACAACACCUUCGCCUGGGCCGGCGCCGGACUCCGUCGGCAGAAGAGUUUCAAGGACUUCUUCCCGCCCCACCUCUUCAGAAAGGUCGUGGCGGAGGUGAUCGCUACGUUUCUGCUGGUGUUCGUCACGUGCGGCGCCGGAGCACUGAACCGGAACAAUACCGGGGUGGUGUCGCAGCUGGGGGCGUCAGUGGCCGGAGGACUCGUGGUGACGGUGAUGAUCUACGCGGUGGGGCACAUCUCCGGCGCCCACAUGAACCCCGCCGUCACCUUGGCCUUCGCCGUCGCGAGGCAUUUCCCCUGGAUACAAGUUCCCUUCUACUGGUCGGCCCAAUUCACAGGCGCCAUGGUCGCCGCCUUCAUCCUCCGGGAGCUGCUCCACCCCAUCACCAUCCUCGGCGUCACUACCCCCUCUAGCACCGCCGCUCGUGCCCUCGUGAUGGAGACCAUCGUCACUUUCACCAUGAUGUUCGUCACCGCCGCCGUCGCCACCGAUACUAGAGCCGUCGGAGAGUUGGCCGGAUUAGCCGUCGGCUCCGCCGUGUGCAUCACAUCCAUCCUUGCCGGGCCUGUGUCUGGUGGCUCGAUGAACCCCGCGAGGACGCUCGGGCCGGCGGUGGCAAGCAAUAUAUACAAAUCCCUCUGGGUUUACUUCAUCGGCCCAGUGGUGGGCACCGUGUCAGGCGCCAUCGCCUACGACUUCAUUCGCAUGUCGGAGAAACCACCUCCGCCGCCAUCAGCAAGUGAAGCUACCGAUAGUGCACCGAACAAGUCGCCGUCUCUAAAGCUCCGGCGGACGAGGAGCCAGGAGAUGGCCGCCGCCAGCCCCCGUAUUGACUAACUGACCGUGUUUGCUGAACAAUCUACUCCGCUCCAUGAAUAUUACAAUCAUAUGAACAAGUAUGAAAUUGCAAACUUCCGUCAGUAAAAAUUUCCAUGUUC